GGCAGGGCUCUCGCUCCCAGUCUCUCCGAGGGGCUGGGGCGAGUCAGCACACGGAGCCCCCAGCUGGGAUCGGAGCCUCGAGCGGCCGGGGGAGCUGGGCUGAGCCAGCGCUGAGGAUGGAGAAGAGCCGCCCGAGCGUGCAGGGUCCCUCCAGGGUCGUUCCCCUGCUCCUGCUGGCCCUGCUGCGCGGCCCGCCCUGGGCGCAGGCAGCCGAGCCAGUCGAUGUGCUGCGGGCCCUGGGGGUGCAGGAUGGCAGGGACGGUGUCUCCAUUGCGGCCGGGAUCUGCACCCCGCGUCGUGGGGCCGAGGAGAGCGACUUCGCCUUCCGCCUGGAGAACAGCACCCAGCUCAGCGCCCCCACCCGUCAGCUCUUCCCAGAUGGCCACUUCCCCGAGGAUUUCUCCAUCCUGGCGACACUGCGGGCCCAGCGGGGCAGCCAGGCCUUCCUGCUGUCGCUGUACGACGAGCGCGGGGUGCAGCAGCUGGGCGUGGAGAUCGGCCGCUCGCCCGUCUUUCUUUACGAGGACCAGGUCGGGCAGCCGGCGCCGGAGAGAUACCCGCUCUUCAGCAGGGUCAGCCUGGCCGACGGCAAGUGGCACCGUGUGGCACUGAGCGUGGAGGGCACCAACGUGUCGCUGCUGGUGGAUUGCCAGGCGCCCCUGACGCUGCCUCUGGAGCGUGGGCCCCGGCCCAUCGUCAGCACUGCAGGCGUCACCCUGCUGGGGACCCGGCUGCUGGACGAGGAGGUGUUCCAGGGCGAUGUCCAGCAGCUGCUGAUCUCUCCAGACCCCCGGGCAGCCCUGCACUACUGCGAGACCUUCAUGCCGGGGUGCGACGUGCCGCUGCCCAACGGCCUGCUGGGCCUGUACCCCGAGGAGAGCGGGCCGGAGCCCACGGCUGCCCCCGCCCGGAGGAAGGGCAGGAAGGGCAAACGCAGGGGCAAAGGCAAGAGGAAGAGGAACAAGGAGCAGGCGGAGCAGCCGGACACCGCGCCCACCACGGGGCCAGGCCAGGAGGCCCCGACCCAAACAGCCUCUGCAUUGGAGGUGACCCCAUCUGGGGAGGAGCACGUCACCCCUCUGCCUGGGACUGCCCCUGCCAGCACCGUGACCAUCAGUCUGAACCUGCCCGAGGCCUACGAGGACCUGGGAGAGGAGCACAGGAUCUGGGUGGACGGGGACCCUGGGGCCAACAGCACCGAACCCCCCGACUACACCCUCAGGGAGUAUGAGGAAUACAACGACGGGGAGCCCCCGGGCCAUGACACCAGCCAGGAGCGCUACGACCCUGCCGAGCGACGGGAAACCCUGCGCCAGGCCACCCGGGAACCUGGCCAGAAGGGGGAGAAAGGGGAGCCGGCUGCCAUCGAGCCCGGCCGGCGAUUCGACGGGCCACCGGGAGCCCCGGGUCCAGCGGGGGAGAUGGGCCCCCCAGGACCGGUGGGGCCGGCAGGGCUGCCGGGGGACCCUGGCGAGCAGGUAAGCAGCCGCGGCGCCGGGGGAGGGGGCCUGUUGGAGGCUGCAGAGCCGCGGGGGGCGGGGGGGCUGAGGAAUGGCCGGCAUGCUCCCCGCCGUAGGGGCUGCGAGUCCCUGCCUGCACCGCCUGCUGAUUGA